GAUGAUUGAUGAUACUCCAUAAAUUAGAUAACAAUUACGUACAUUUAUUGUUCCUUAAACAAUGUCUGUUAAUAAUAAUGAAACAAUUAGUGAUAAUGAAUUGGAGACCACUGGAACUACAAAUACCAUUAGUGAGCUACCUGGUAGACCAUUUAAGAUUACGAUGGAAGUGCCUUUAUUCUUAACAUUAAUGGGCAUAGCUCUUUCAGGCACUGCUAUUAAUAACAUUCUAUUAUAUCGUACUUGCGUACAUACUCUUAACUAUACUAACGACGAAUGCAAAGGAUUUCUACUACCGGACAAAACAAAUGACACUCGCAAGCUGGAGGAGGAAGUCCAGAAAUAUGCAACAUUUAUUUCAAUGGUGAGGACAGUCCUAGAGGCUCUCGUCCCUGCUGUCCUCUCCCUAUUUCUAGGUGUAUGGUCAGAUACUCAUGGCCGGAAACCCUUAGUUGUCUGGCCAUUGCUUGGCUUAACGGUGACCUCAAUGUGUACAGUGGUGUACAGUAUGUUGGAUGAUUAUGGCCCGUGGUGGUUCAUAUUGGUGGUGCUUCCAUUUUCCUUCACAGGAGGAUUCACUGUGUUGAUAACAGGAGCAUAUUGUUAUAUCAGUGACAUUACUACGACAGAUACGAGAUCACUUAGAAUGACAGUGGUCGAGGCGGCGAUAUCAGCCGGGAGCAUCGUAGGUUCCAUAAUGAGUUCCUAUAUCCUCGGCUACGUGGGAAAUGUGUAUUUACUACUUAUCGUCACGGCUCUGUUUGUAGCCGCGUACGCUUUCACGAAUGUUUGCUUAAUUGAGUCUUUAACAGGGGCAAUACAGGGAGGAUUAUGCUCUGUCCUAGAUUUUCUUCUAGUCAAAGAAAUGGUGACCGAAUGCUUUAAGCGCCGACCAAACCAUGGAAGAGCCAAGAUUUUCCUUCUCACACUAGCAAAUACAUUUACAAUUUUUAUACUCUACGGGGCGUCUAGCUUAGAUUACCUGUAUACAAGAGAGAAGCUACAUUGGGCGAUGAAGGAAUAUACUCUAUUUACUGCGGCAAAUACUUUAAUUGCCUUCUUGGGAUCUAUUUUGGGAAUAUACAUUUUUCAACGCGCUCUUGGCUUGGGGGAUGUGCCGCUGGCAAUCGUGUCGUUUAUUUCUUCGGUGGUAGAUUGCUUAAUAAAGACGUUUGCAGUUACUACAUGGCACAUGUAUCUUACAUCAGUGUCUUUCGUGAGAGUCAUAUCGGCUCCGCUGAUACGAUCUUUCUUGUCAAAAAUGGUGCCGCUAGAGGACAUAGCGAAGGUGUUCGCGCUUCUCUGCACUAUGGAGUCGGUGUGCCCGAUUAUAGCGCCGUUGAUAUAUAAUACACUCUAUAAUUUAACAAUACACGAUUUUCCGGGCGCUUUUUAUUUAUUGAGCGCCGUCAUUAAUGCAGUGUGCAUUGUUAUGCUAGGGUUCGUCAUGUAUUACGAAUCGGAUGCAACACCAUACCAACCAUUACAAGUUUCGCUGUAAUAGAUACAAUUCAAAU